GUGGCCUGUGGGCUGAACCACACGUUGGUCGUCUCUGCUGACGGGAUGAUGGUCUGGGCUUUCGGGGACGGAGACUACGGAAAGCUGGGACUCGGUAACUCCACAGCCAAGUCCUCUCCUCAGAAAGUGGACGUCCUGUGUGGAAUCAGCAUCAAUAAAGUCGCCUGUGGAACUCAGUUCUCUGUGGCUUUAACCAAAGACGGGAAAGUUUACACAUUCGGACAAGACCGCCUCAUCGGCCUCCCUGAGGGCCGAGCCAGGAACCACAACCGGCCUCAACAGGUCCCGGCUCUGUCGGGGGUCCACAUCCAGGACGUGGCUGUGGGAGCUGAACAUACUCUGGUUCUCUCUGCCAACGGAGACGUUUACACCUGGGGCAGCAACUCAGAGGGACAGCUCGGUCUGGGUCACACCAACCACGUCAGAGAGCCCACAGUGGUGACGGUGAUGCAGGGCAAAAACAUCCACCAGAUCUCUGCAGGACGCUGCCACAGUGCUGCCUGGACCGCCCCGUCUGUGCCGCCCCGAGCCCCAGGCUCGUCAGUUCCUCUCCAGCUCGGCCUCCCGGUGGCGGUUCCUCCUCAGUACAGCGGGCUGAAGGAGGUGAGCAUCGAGGCGGUGAGGGCUCGCCUUCGACUCCUCUACCACUUCUCCGACCUGAUGUACUCGUCGUGGAGACUGCUCAACCUGAGCCCCAACAACCAGAGCUGCACGUCCCACUACAACGCCGGCACCUGGGGGAUCGUCCAGGGCCAGCUGAGGCCCCUGUUGGCGCCCAGAGUUUACACGCUGCCCAUGGUGCGCUCCAUCGGAAAGACGAUGGUGCAGGGGAAGAACUACGGCCCUCAGAUCACCGUCAAACGGAUCUCCACACGGGGACGGAAGUGCAAACCGAUCUUUGUGCAGAUCGCUCGUCAGGUGGUGAAGCUGAACGCCUCAGACCUCCGCCUGCCCUCCAGGGCCUGGAAGGUCAAGUUGGUGGGAGAGGGCGCCGAUGAUGCUGGCGGGGUCUUUGAUGACACCAUCACAGAGAUGUGUCAGGAGUUGGAGACCGGGGUGGUCGACCUGCUCAUCCCCUCGCCCAACGCCACGGCCGAGGUCGGCUACAACAGAGACAGGUUCCUCCUGAACCCGUCCUCCUGCAUGGACGAGCACAUGCUGCAGUUUAAGUUCCUGGGCAUCCUGAUGGGCGUGGCCAUCCGCACCAAGAAGCCCCUGGACCUGCACCUGGCCCCCCUGGUGUGGAAACAGCUGUGCUGCAUCCCCCUGCUGCUGGAGGACCUGGAGGAGGUGGACCUGCUGUACGUGCAGACGCUCAAAAGCAUUCUUCACAUUGAAGACAGCGGCAUCACCGAGGAUAAUUUCCAUGAGAUGAUUCCUCUGGAUUCGUUUGUCGGGCAGAGUGCGGACGGAAAGAUGGUUCCCAUCAUCCCCGGAGGAAACAGCAUCCCUCUGACGUUCUCCAACAGGAAGGAGUACGUGGAGAGAGCCAUCGAGUACCGGCUGCACGAGAUCGACCGCCAGGUGGCGGCGGUGCGUGAGGGCAUGUCGUGGAUCGUCCCCGUGCCGCUGCUCUCCCUGCUGACGGCAAAGCAGCUGGAGCAGAUGGUGUGCGGGAUGCCGGAGAUCUGCUGCGACGUGCUGAAGAAGGUGGUGCGCUACCGGGAGGUGGACGAGCAGCACGCGCUGGUUCAGUGGUUCUGGCAGACCCUGGAGGAGUUCUCCAACGAGGAGAGGGUCCUCUUCAUGCGCUUCGUCUCCGGACGCUCGAGGCUGCCCGCCAACACGGCCGACAUCUCGCAGAGGUUCCAGAUCAUGAAGGUGGACCGGCCGUACGACAGCCUCCCCACCUCUCAGACGUGUUUCUUCCAGCUGCGUCUGCCUCCGUACUCCAGUCAGGCCGUCAUGGCCGAGCGGCUGCGCUACGCCAUCAACAACUGCCGCUCCAUCGACAUGGACAACUACAUGCUGUCACGGAACGUGGACAACGCCGAGGGCUCCGACACGGACUACUGAGGCGGAGCGUCUCAUCACAGCACACACACAGACGAGGGAACUGGUGACGGGCAGACAGGCCACUUUUUAAAUGAUUUUAUCUCCUUUCAGCACACGUUUCAUUUCUCCCCGUGGUUGAUUUUUAAACGACACAAAGAUCCACACGAAAAGAAGUGCAUUUAGCGUUUUGUGUUUUUUCAUUACUCCACAUCCCAUUUUCAGGGUUUGUGCAUGGAGCUUUGUUUAUUUGUCUGAACUGUGUAUAGAAGAGAGCGAGUGGUGGGCGAGCUACAACAUUGUACAUUGUGUAAAAUGCUUCAUUAGGAAAAUGUUUUGCAUAAGAUCCAUAUUUAUUGUUUUCAUUGCCGAUGCCGAGUUUCCCAAAGCAGACAGAAAAAAAACAACAAUAAAUGCUGCAGAAGUC